GUUGUGUCGUCUGUUACCUAGUCAGUCGACAAAGGUCAUCCGGCUUUCGGAUUGAGUGGAAUCUUUAAGGGAGUUUGAAAAGAUUGACUGCUGAGAAAAAGUUCAAUUUCGUUGUGAAAUUAUUUGCGGUCGUUGUUAACGUGUCGUUCAAAACCGUAUGAACGAGAUAGACCGAGAGACGCCACCCACCCACACCCCCGAAAUUGGCAUCGCAAACCGAUUAUUCAAAGCGUUUUUUUUUUUUGUCGUGAAACGCAAGAUAAGUCAUCUAGAUUGUCCAUUUGGCUACCGUUAGAAACAAUUUUAUGUCUGAAGAAAGCCGCAGUUGAGCAGAAGCUGGCCACUAGAACGGUUGUUGGUUGUUAUUCGUGAAUUUCGUGAAUUUCCGUUUCAGUGAAGGCACGUGCUUGUUCAGAGACAGAAUGGACAAAAGUAAAAUUCGACACAUUUUGGACCUUUCCAAAGAUGAGAAACGAGCAUUCGUGAAUUCUUUCGACUCAAUAAUGUCCGAUUGUGAUGGCGUGGUGUGGAAUUUUACUGGACCCAUUCCGGGAGUGGAUCGAGCGCUGCAGCUUCUCAGAGAUCAUGGGAAGAAGCUAGCAUUUAUCAGUAACAACGGUAUGCGUACGAUGGAUGAGUAUGCAGAAAAGUUCCGGCUUAUGGGAAUUGAACAUCAGGAUUAUACGGUUGUGCAUCCCGCCUUGACCAUCGUCAAGUAUCUCAAAUCGACCGGAAUGAGGGACGCUGUCUACUGCAUCGCGACGGAAGUGUUCAAGAACUAUCUAAGGGAGGCAGGAUUUACGAUCAUUGAUGGGCCAACUGAACGAAUAAAAGACGAUUACACAUCCAAGCCAGUAGGUGCAUUUGCGGAAUAUUUCCGAGCGGACCCAAGCAAACCGAAGGUCGGGGCCGUAGUGCUGGACAUCGAUGCUAAUAUCUGUCUACCCCAGCUGAUGAAAGCUACUACUUACCUUAAGCAGAAUCCCGACUGUCUGUUUAUAGCUGGUGCAACCGAUUACACAAUUCCACUGGGCAGUGGUAUGGAGGUCAUUGGUUCCGGUCAUUUCAUUGACCUUUUGGAGAAAGCUAGCGGUCGCCGUGCCUUGGUGCUCGGAAAACCGGGCCAAGCGUUGGCCGAAUUUGUUCUGGAACAGUUCCACAUAACCCAGCCUGAAAGAACGCUGUUCGUUGGUGAUAUGUUACCCCAAGACAUGGGUUUUGGUGCGAGAUGCGGGUUCCAGAGAUUGUUGGUGCUAAGCGGUGGAACGAACAAAACAAUGCUGCUAGAACACGAUAAGGAGGACGAAUUACCGAACUAUUAUGCCAGCAGUUUUGCAGACUUCAUUCAACUAUUCAAAGAAAUUUCGAGCGAUGAUUAAGAUAAGUGAGGAAAGGAUGUGAUAUUCUUGCAACAAAUCAUCAUUAUCAGCUAAAUUUAAUACUUAGUACAAUUAUUGUUAUUAGUCGCAAUGCAAAACAUUGAAUGAAGUACACAAUUUAUGUAAAACCACUAUCACGUACUGCCGAUAUCAGUUGGUUUCCGAAAUUUGACCUGGACCCAAACUCGGUACAUCUUCAGCAUUCUUCCCCGAUUUACCUGCAAACGGCGAUCGACGAUGUUCUGCUCCUCGACCAGGCCAGCUCGUUCGAAAAGUGUUCGCAAAUCUUCCUGGGUGAAGAAAUAAACCAACGUUCCAUCUCCACGAACGUAAAAGUUGUCCUUUAGGCAUUUGCCCGGUUUAAAACGCAGCUGGGCCAGAUCGUAGCGGCCAUAGUCGCGUAGCAACAACAAUCCACCCGGUUUAAGAUAACGAGCUAUUUGGUUAGCCACGUGUUGCAUUCUGUCGAAAACGG